AUGCUUCUCUUCGCAUUCCUUCUUCUCGCCCUCCAGCUAUCCGUUAGCGCGGCCGCCGACUCCCCUCCCCGCACCGUGCGCCACCCCGUCUUCCUUCCCUCGCCGCCGCCGCGCUCGCGGCAGGUCGCCCCCGCGUGUCAGCUCUCGACCACUGGCCCCGCCGUGCGGAAGCUGGUCCAGAUUAACGGCUCCGUGGAACACUUUCAGACCUUCUCCCUCUGCCCCGUCGGCACAUCCGUCGGCAACCUCGAGCUCGUCGACUUCUCCUCCGACCAGGAUGUGCUUCGAAUCUCCACCGACGCCCCGUCCGACGUCCAGCUCGACCGCGUUUCUAUCGGCGACGGUCCCUCCUCCUGCCAGAACGUGUCGGCCAGCUUCACGUUCGACCGCAUGGUCGGCAUUGUCUCGUACAGGCUCGUCGCCAAGGCCCCUGCCGCAGAUAAGAUCCUUUGCUCGACAGAUGUGGCUUUUGUUAUUGUCGGACUUACUGUGUACAUGGAAAAGCCGAUUGAUGGUUCGAGCGUGUCGUCCUUGCAGGGGAACGCGCAAACGGAGAAGGUCAUUUUGUCUGGCGAUGGUAACGAGGUCAUUUCGAAUUAUCGUGACAACCUCGUGCAGCGCUUAAUUCAGUUUAAGAUCAAGAUUCAGUUUCCCGACGGCACCGAUUCUGCGAGUCGGUCGCUGGCGUACGUCGCCUCCAUGCUCGAGGCCAUGAUGACAAACGCAGAGACGGAUGCCACAUCGCCGGUGCGCUUUGGAAACAGUACAAAGAACAUUGUUAACCCGAACGAGCAGAUUCACAACUCGUCCUGCGGCGUAGCUAUCGAGACAGUCAGUGAGCCCGGUGGGGGGACUAUCAUCCUAUUUUCGCUCAGGUAUGAGUCCUAUAAGGACGGUCCCGUUACGCUCCUCUUCGAAUGGGACUUGUUGACGAGGGACGAUGCGCAGCUUGCCGAUGAGCAGUUUGUCAACAUCUUGCACAUUUCCGUCGGCGGGGAUCCACCUCCCAUUCUUGAGUUGAUUCAACCGGUCAGGGAGUAUCGCCGGGCUGGUGGCGAGAACUUGACGUUUGUCAUGGACAAUGUUGAAGGCUCCGACCUGCGCGUCUUGCGUGUUGGAAAUGUUCGCUUCCUGGAAAUACAGGGCUCUUUUCGACGGAGAAGCGAUGGCUUGUACGAAGCAAUCUACAUCACAGAGCCUGGGAGUGGGGCCCAGCUGGAAUGGAGCCUAUACGUUUCAUUUCCAGAGCGGACUCGAAAGGCGAAGAUCGUCAGUGUCGAAAUUCCGGAACACCUAGCCUAUAAUCUUACCCCACUAACAAUCGCCACUGUAGAGCCAGCUUUCGGGGUGCCGGGUACCAACAUCUCGCUCAGUGGAUACUUUGACGGCUUUGAUCCCACGAGUGAAGACCACGAAAUUAUUUUUGGGCAAAAGACUUUGCGAAUGUUAGGUAUCUUGCCAACCGUGAACGAGGAAGGAACUCAAAUCACGUUUAUAUGCCCUACAAGGGAAGCUGUUGGUGCUGCGUACGACUAUGAAAUUGAAGUGAUCCUGAACGAUGAGACCUCUGCAUCAGCUACUUUUACGUUCACAAUUGAGAAUCUCACUCUCAGCAUCGCUGUGUAUGGAGCAAGCUACAAUCAGAAAUUAAAGCAGCAUGAGUUAGGAGGAUGUGCAAUCUCUCGCUUCAUUGCAACUCUACCUUCCGGAGUCACAGAGCCGAAAUCAUUUGCGUGGGCCGUGGUUGACCUGGCGGACCCGAAGAACGUUAAUCUAAUUCUCGAAGGUGAAGAAACUGAGACUGGCAGCAAGACGCUUUUCCUCUUGCCAAAAGUAUUCCGUGGCAAGCCUGGCAAGUAUCGUGUAAGCGUGAGUUGCGUGGUAAACGGAGAGGCCUUGACCGCAGACAUUGUCGUUCAGAAGUUAGUCGAACCGAUCAUUGGAUUGACACUUUCUCAAAUUCGUCCGAGGAGCAUAGCUAUUCCCGAUGUGCCGGUGAGAGUUUCUGCUUUUGUGAUGCCGCCACGACCUGAAUGCUUCAAUCAAUCGUCAAAGAUAUUAUACAAAUGGUCAUACCGAGAUGUAGUUCAGCAGUUUUCGUAUCAAAACUUCUCUUCAUCUGCUGUGAACGGUUCCUCCGCUCCUGCUAGGCUUGGCCGUGAGUAUGUGAUACCUCAGAAUAGUUUGGCUAUCGGAACAUUCAAAGUAGCUCUUACAGCGUUUAUGGAGGAGGUUCCAACAGUUUUUGGGAGUGCCAGCACCUUUCUCACUAUACGCCCUUCAACACUUGUUCCAAUCAUCGGAUAUGGAGCCUCAAAGAUUACUCACAGCAGCUCAGAUGAACUACUGAUGACGGCGGAGCAGAGCUACAAUCCUGAUGAGAAGUAUUCUGGGAGCAAGAGCCGUGUCGAUCAAUUCGUUUGGAGUUGCAAAGUAUCAAGCUUUGGGUUUGAAACAUCAAAGGCACGAGAUUGCGAUAACGAGCUCUUGCCAAGCAAGGGCGCAAAGUCGUUCACUGUUCCGAUGACAUACCUGCAGAAAAUGAGAAAAAGCAUUUCUAUCGGGGAUGAGUCAAUAGCUUUUUCCAUCCAAUAUUCUCUUCGUGUCGGGUUUCAGAACCACUUGUCGCCUGAGAAGUACCAGAUUGUCGAAAUCAUUGCAGACACCUUUCAAGUUGCCAAACUAGAUGAUCUCCGGGUGCUAAAUAAUCGAGGAGAAAGUGUGGACUGGUCAAGGGUUGAACAUUUUAGCGACAUUAUUAUAGAACCAGAUGGAAAAAACGUGUCAUGGAGCUUCCGCGUCACUUUUCCUCCAUCAAGUGUUCUCAUGCUGCAAAAAGCUGCAAAUCUGAUAAUCCACCCGGGAUACUUGGACCCCACCUCACCUGCAUUGACUCAGACUCUUCCGCUAGGUGUGAGGGGUGGUACACUUCGUCCUGCCCAGACAUAUGAGAUAUCCAUUUCAAUAUCUAGUCUGCAGCCGGGCAUGGAAAGGGGUGAAGCGCGGUUUCUGUUGCAAACCCCUGAUAAACCCAGGUUGGUGAUGCCAGAUCUUCCGGUUGUAUUCGGAGAUUCGGAAACAAUGUAUACAGCAUAUGCACAAGUCAACUUGGAUUCGUCACAUGCAUUUCUUUACUUCUUCUUCUUGGUUAGUUACGAAGGAGAGGAGUAUUGUCUGGAUGGAUGCGGUGGGCACAGUUUCGUUCAAUUUAAGCUUACAGAAGCCGGCACGUAUCGUAUAGUAGCUCGCCUAAUGGACAUGCAAGGAAAGUCACUGCUUGAUGAAGUCUUUUUCGCUCAAAAUGUGACUAUGACUUCAGAAAACUUUGAGGUAAGCGCUCUCUCAACUGGUGCAAGUAUUGGACAAUUUGACAAGAAACUCCGUGAUCUACGUUUUCAGGGGGAUCAUGGCACUUUUGAGUUGUUGGCCUCUUCUCUGGUGAGCAGAGUCCGAAAGGAUAACACGUACGCAAGUUCAGAGGAAGAUAUGAAGGUCUUAGAUUUAGCAGUUGAUGCAAUGCAUCAAAUCGUACAAAACUCGGCUCCAACAACGAUGACAGCCAAGAGUUACGUGAAGACGGCGGGUCGAAUCGCAGCAAUGGAUGCCGAGUUGUUCGCGUCACCGAAAACCAUGUACACUAUUUUAUCCAUGGUUGACAGAGCCGUUUAUAAUGUGCCUGUGAACGAAGCCUACAACCUUGAAGCUGAACUACUCUCGUUCUAUAAUGUAUCAGCCAAACACGUGAUAAACGCACUGACUAGUGCUUCAACACGUAUACGAUUACAGCAAUUCACUUCGAGUUCCGCUCUCGAUUCAAGAAGUUUGCUGGUUGAUUUGUAUCGUCUUCAAGAAGAGCAUUUAACAACUGUGAUCGCCCGAGACGCACAGUGCGGACUGGUUCGACAUCUCAGUUCGCUCGUACCGGGCGGCGUUGCUGCUCCUGACAUCGACGACUAUAUCAUUACAAAGGAGACGGUGAGAUCUCGAAGGCUUCAGCAACAGUCCUAUUUCGAUGUACUUAGUGGUUACGAAAACUUGAUUGAGAAGCCGUCUUAUUCAUCAUUUACAAUUGCUGUCCUGUGCAAUCCAGAUCAAGCAGAGGGGCUUCGAGGAGAACAGUCAAGCUUCUCAUGGUGCGACAAUGUAUUUGAGACUUCUGAGGGUUCAAAGAAAGGAGCCUACAAGAUCGACCCACUCCAAAAACGACUGUUUACAAUUAUGGAAACGCUUGAUUUUGUGUGGUUAAGCGGACUUGGAGGGGAUGACGCUCGAACCGAUAGCAAGUUUCUCAUGACAACGAAUGUCACAACAUUGGGAACUGACGGAAGUCUUUUAGCUCUUCCGGAAAUCCCCGAGUGCUACAAGAUGAACAUCUCAAUAAUUAAGCUCGGGGUAACGUCCAUAAGAGGAUGCCUAUCCGCAGACGGAUAUAUGGUGCAAGCAUUGGGCAGACCAUUCGAACCAAAGCUUCUCGCACGUGACUAUCAAAAGAAUUUCACGGCUGUGAAUUCCACCUUGUCCAGAGACAUGAGUUCGACCAUUCUGUUGAGAUCUUCAGAACCAGGCAUAUUUGGCGUAUACGGGCAAGACUGUCCCGUUAAUGCUCGUAAACCGGUGCUGGCACUGCCCAAUGGAGGGGACACCACAUUUGUUUACUACGCGUUUGGAGGCGUUAUGGCCUCCGUGGCUUUGGUCGUGGUGACUUGGGUUGGGACGAGUUUUUCUUCGUCUGGGUUCGGCGCCGCCUUGGGAAUAGUAUAA